UGCUGGCAGAGGCAGAGGUGAGCCGCCACCGCCGCCGCUGCUGCUCCUCACUCGGCUCCCUGCUCCGCUCUGCUCUGCCCCGCUCUGGGAGAAAGCGGCCGACGGAUUAUCCAGCUCGGUAACGUUAGCUCGCCAGCUAACGGGUCAACACAGCAGCCGAGAAGAGCCAUGAAAAGCCGCUGGAGCCAGUGAAAGUUAGUCACGGCUUACUUUGGGGACUUUAAUGUACGGGAACAUACCAAAAAGGAGGUUCGCGGAUCAUGCCGUCGCCCCCAACGGGAACUUUCCUCUAGAAUCUCCACUUGGGGAAGGCUAGCUUAGUGGCUAGCGAGGCUACAAACUAUUUUUAAUUGGCUUUGGGCUCAAUGGCUCCUGCUUGUUUUGCACCGUCAUAGCGACAGCUUGGAAAAUUAAAUCGGGGAGAGGCCCUGUGAACUUCAUGACAAACCAAAGCCCGGCUUUGAAGCGUAACUUCGGAAGACGAGACUGGCAAGGGACCGAAAAUGAAGAAACAGUUCAAUCGGAUGAAACAGCUCGCCAAUCAAACUGUUGGCAGAGCGGAGAAAACAGAAGUCCUCAGCGAUGACCUCCUACAGAUUGAACGGCGCAUGGAGUUGGUGCGUGUGGUGUCCCACAACACACACAAGAGGAUGGUGUCAUGUCUACAAGGACACAUCGGUGCAGACGCAGAGAAGAGACAUUCUGUACCACGCCUCUAUACAGGAAAUGGUCAGAAAAAGCUUCCUCUGACUGCACUAUCCCAGGCAAUGGUGGAAGGCGGAAGCCAACUGGGAGAAGAGUCCUUGAUAGGGAAGAUGAUGGAAACAUGCGGUGAUGCAGAGAAUCGUCUGGCAUCGGAGUUGAUGCUACAUGAGCUGCAGAUAGAGAAGGACGUCCUGGAUCCCCUCAGUCAGCUAGCAGAGGUGGACAUUCCCAACAUCCUGAAGCAGAGGAAACAGCUGGCCAAACUGGUGCUGGACUAUGAUUCUGCCAGAGCAAGAUGGUUGCAGGCAACCAAGUCAAUAAUCUCAGGAACAAACACUCAAGCACUGACGGCCAAGGCUGACCUACUAAAGGAGGAAAUGGAUGAGGCCAUGAACAAAAUGGAGCUUUGCAAGGAUCAACUCGCUGCAGACAUGUACAGUUUCUUCUCAAAAGAAGGGGACUAUGCUCGCUACUUCGUAACACUCUUAGAAGCUCAAGCUGAUUACCACAGAAAGUCUCUCACUGUUCUGGAGAACGUCUUGCCAACCAUCCAGGCUCAGCAAGACUCGUGGACGGAGAAGCCUGCGUUUGGCACAGGGCUGGAUGAACACCUGAAAAGGAGCGGAAGGGAGAUCGCCCUGCCAUUAGAGGCCUGCGUCAUGAUGCUCCUAGAGACUGGCAUGAAGGAAGAGGGUCUAUUCAGGAUCGCAGCAGGGGCGUCCAAGCUAAAGAAGUUAAAAGCAGCGCUGGACUGUUCCACUUCUCAACUGGAGGAGUUCUACUCCGACCCCCACGCUGUCGCUGGAGCACUGAAGUCCUACCUGAGGGAACUCCCUGAACCUCUAAUGUCUUACCAGCUUUACGAUGAAUGGAUCCAGGCUUCCAGUGUGUCAGACCCAGACAAGAGGCUGCAGGCCCUCUGGGUUGUUUGUGAUAAGCUACCAAAGAACAACAAAACCAACCUGAGGUAUCUGGUGAAGUUUUUAGCCAAACUGGCUCAGGACAGCGAGGUGAACAAAAUGACUCCUAGCAACAUCGCCAUCGUCCUGGGACCCAACCUGCUGUGGGCCAAGACUGAGGGGACUCUGGCUGAGAUGGCUGCAGCUACCUCUGUGCACGUGGUGGCCAUCGUGGAGCCCAUCAUCCAGCAUGCUGACUGGUUCUUUCCUGAGGAUGUGGAGUUCAAUGUGUCGGGCAUGUUUGCGAUGCCUACACCUGCAUCCAACCACAACAAUCACCUUGAUUAUGACUGUAGCACCAUUGAGAGGAAGAGGCCUGGCAGUAUGGUGGGACCCGAGAACGACACAGCACGCAAAGACAACACCUCUAACAAGCACUCGGACCACACCCUUCGUAGAGGCAGUAACACCUUAGGUAGAAAGCAGCACACUUCACCUGCCUUCCAGCCUCCUUUACCCCCUGUGGAGGUGCAGGCGCAAGGGCACGGGGCCGCGCAGGUCCCCCAGCCCUCAGCUGAGCCCCAGCCACAAGCUCCAUCAGGGGUUUCAGGGUUUGACGCUUCCCAGCAAAGCUUGGCGCAGAGUCUGGCUGCUCUCGCAGCCGCUCAGCAGCUUCUAGCCCAGCACACAGAGGAGCUCAGCAACCCAAAGCUACGUGACUCCACACCUGCUCCGACUCCUCUGUUCCAGAGGAAUGGCUCUGGAGGAGGGGGCCACACCACAGGGCAGCUGGGCACUGGGACCCCCGGGGCUGGAUCCAUGGGGCCCAGUCCGCAUAUGAUGCGCAGAGGUACCAAGAAGCAGGCUCCUGCCCCUCCCAAACCGACGAACCCUCCACCCAGCCAGCCCUGUAAUUCAAUGAACCAUGCCUCCUCCUCAGGCUCAUCCCAGUCCCUCAGCCCCACUCCCAGACCCCUGUCCAGCCACUCGCCCACCUCGCCCACCUCUCCCGUCUCCCAGCCAUGUGCCACACCCCGACGCCACUCCAGCAACCAGCCCCCAAUCCAAGCGCCCAGCCAUCCGCCUCCGGAGCCUCCGUCACAGGCCAGCCCUCCAACGCAGCCCGCGUCACUCGGCCAGCACAGUGGGGAACAGCAGAGCAUGGAUGGUUCACCUCCAGGCACCCCGACCCCUCCAGACACCCCCCCACCUUCCAAUACCACCCAGGAUGUAGCUCCUCCGUCCCCGUCUCCCUACCAGUCGGGCUCCCUUCCCCGGCCGCGACCCGUCCCCAAACCCCGGAACAGACCCAGCGUCCCACCACCGCCCCAGCCCACCACACUGGCCAGUGACACCAACGGGAUCUGUGCCGCUGCGUACAAGAUGAUGGACCCGGCGAUGUCUUUCAAAGGGCUGAGUCGAGCGUUCGUCCCUGAGCUCGCUGUAGACCAGCAGCCAGCGGCAGCCUCCUCCUCUUCCUCCUGCCUGCCUCUCAAAGACUGUGACCUGGACACUGAGAGCACUGUCCUAUAAGGAGGAGACGAUGACAUGCUCUGGGUCCAGUAACCCCCAAACGCACCUCCUCCUCAUCAUACACACACCUCAUGUAGUCUGCUCGUGUUUCGUCACCAGCCCAUAACUGCUGCCCUUCUCUGCCGCCAUGUUUCCUCACCCCAGUCUGUAUGAAGGACUUUAAUGUGAUAGAAUGCACAUUCUGGCAGCCAUGAUAGAGGUCCACAGCUCUGGGUGAACAAUGGUAGUUGAUUGUGUUGACGCUUUGACCACAAAAUGAUUGUAUAUAAAUUACUUGUCCCGUGUUACAUUGAAUACAUGAAGAAAACUCUUUUUCUUGCAUGCCUCCAUGGUGAAUGAAGAAUCAAAAAACAGGGAAGAUUCUUCAUGAGUCUGUAUUUAAACAGCAAAACUAUAUCAAAACAUCCGUUUCCAAACUCUCACACAACUCCUGCAGUCUCAUUUAUCCAGUCGUAUGCUCAGUACUUCCUAAACAUGUGCAUUUUCCCUAAUCAUUACUAUUUAAAACACUGAUGCAUAAUGCAUGCACAGGUAGUGCACCCUGCCAAGUGUGUGUUUGAACCCUGCUCAAUGCAAUGUAUGAGCAGAGUUCAAACAAACAUCUUGUUGAGGCGUUCUACUCAUAUGCAUAAGUGUAGUGAAGAAAGAUACAGCGAAAAUGCUUAUGUUUAAGUACUGAGCAUACAACUGAACACGAGAUGUGAAUUAUACUGCACGAGUUGUGCGAGUUCGCGAAUAGAUGUACCUACUCCCUUUUAUUUCAAUUCAUCAAGAAUUUUUUUUCUGCGUUUGGAUUCUUCAUUUACCGGAGGCAUGCAAAAAAAAGUACAAAUUUCUUGUGUGUAUUUGAACACAAUAAAUGCUCACUUUGUGGGUAAAGCAGUCCUUUAACUAGUAUUUGUAGCAUAUUAAUAUCACUUACUCAACUUAGUUGGAUUCCAAAAGUCAAAAAUCCAGACUUAUUUCAGGUUAUCUACAUAUUACAUAUGUUGUUUAAAUUGUAAUAUGUCACAGGUAGAGCUGAAAGUCAAUUCAUAGAUACAGCUUUGAUAACCAACUUUGUUUUUCUCAAAUGCCUUUAUGGUGAACGAAGAAUCCAAAAAAAGUGAAAACUCUUGCUGAAUUAAAGUCAUAGGGGUCCAUGUUUAAUAACAGCAAAAUUAUAUUUAAACUGGCAACCCUUCUCUUGGGGAACUGAAACGUAUCCAUGCUCUCUUCAAAGCCAGACUCUAUUUACAAAAACAGUCAUUUUACCUUGCUGAACACUGGAGCUACUGAUCUACCACUGCCUUGAUCGAUAGUUUGUUAUUGUGUGACUUUGGUGAGUUUGAAUUAACACUUUAAAACAUCAAAGUCACACAAUAACACAAACAAACUACCAGAGGGUUAAACGUGGACCCCUAGAAUUCAGUUCUUCAAGGAUUUUUUCACUUUUUGGAUUCUUCGUUCACCGGACGCAUACAAGUAAAACAAGUUUUCAUCAUAGAUUCAGCAUAACAUGGGAUGAGUAAUUAUAUAGAAAUGAUCAUUUGAGGGUGAAGUUUAAGCUUAAAUAAAAAAAACCCAUGCUUGAAUAUGUAAACUUGGGGUUUUGGAAAUAGUUUUUUACUAUUUCUGUAUAUUUUAUAGACCAAAAUUGAGAAAAUAACUACUAGAUUAACCGUUCUUUGCAGCCCUAGUCAAAGGCCAAAUCACCUCAUUUGACCACCUUGUCCUUCGCUUACACCACCACAGUCGUCUUCAGGUAUCUCUCAGCUGUCAAAGCUGUUUCCAGCUAUUGUUUACUCAGAGCAUCCUCGCCGUCGACCUCGAUGAUGGUGUCAGAUGUGGCCAUGAGGACACUUGUGACAAAAGCCGCUACACUGCAAAACACCCACACCACCGCUUCCUUUACACUGUGCUCCCUACAGAUGAAGCUCCAGACAAUCAAACAGCAGAGGACCGCUGAUUCACCAGUAACGCCGUCAGACCACUGUGUCAUCGAUGAGCAAUAUAAAGCAUGGGUACUGACCGGGGGGAAUGCCAAAAUAUGAACUGACGUGACUUGUUUGGAAUUUGGUGUGGGGUUCUGUUUUUUUUUUUUUUUGUUUGUUUUUUUUUAAGUAGGAAAAUGGCCUUAGAACAAGAAAUUAAAAAAGAGGUAUUUCUACAGCCCAGGGAGAGGGGGAAGGUCAGCAGGUGAAGUAGAAACCAAAACUGUUGAAGUGUAGCUGGUGACUGCAGGUUUCCAGUCGUCUCAAACACUUGAUUUUUGUAUGGAAACCCCAUCCCUUGUUUUUUUCUCCCUCUUCCUCACUCCUGUAUUUAUUUACCAAUUUAAAAACACACAUUCCCUGUGGCUUGACGUAAUUAAUGCAGUCUUUAAAUGUAAAUCAUGCCUUAUGGGUUCCUCCCAGAACCACCGUGUUAAUAGCAUUAUAUAUUUACUGUAUGGAGGAUAUACUCGGCUCCUAGUACUACAGUAUUUUCCAAGAAGCUGUCUUGGCAACAAGUUUGUUUCAGGGACGUAAGGAAGGUGAUUCUAAACCCUCUGCAAUAGAAGUCUUGUAUGGUUCUGUAUUGUUCCACAAAAAAGUUGUGUAUUUAAAUGGUUGAUGUCUUUGGGUUUUAUGAGCAGAAGUAGCAGGGCUAACCGCCCGCCCAGCCUGGACACAGUCAGUAUUUUUUGCCUUUCUGUUGUUUUUUUUCUCAUCGAUCUUCUCCGGUGUUUUCCGGGGGGGCAUUAAACGCAACAGGCUGUGAGUGAAUGUAGUGAAAGGACAGUUUUUUGCCAGCCUGAACAGAAAGAUGCAUAAACAGCUGAUGUUGCACUUGAGCGCAGGCCAAUGAGUGGUUUCCUAGUGGACUGGUUUAGAGGAUUUUUUUUUCCAGUCUUUCCCACUGAGCUGAGAGCACGCAGCGCUGUGAAACCUCAGUAGUGAUGUGGUGUUAGAUUUUGCCAGGUCAAAAGAUUAAAAAAAUGCUUUGUUGUAUUUUUCUUGUAGCUUGUUUUUGGCCUCAGACGUAAAGCAGAGUGGUUCCCAGAGAACUGACCCAAUAUGGUACCAAUGGAGAAAGUCUCGGAUGCUACAGUUGCCCUGAGAACCAGUUUUCAGAGACAAUUGCGCAUUAUAAUCCCCUCCUUUCUCUUUCUCUGCUCCUGUGCCUCGCUGCCUUACCCCUGUGCAUCAAGAGAGCUCGCUGUCGAGGCUCUGCAAGACGAACAAACGCCAUUAAACUAGAGAUGAUAAUGCUGCAUUUUUAAGCUCCAUAGUUUUGUAUGUAUGCCGUCUGGUGAGCUUAAAUAUGGACAUGUAAUAUGAAUGCUUGGUUAUACCCCCCUUUCCAAAGAAAAUAAAGUAUAUGAAGAAACUAUUUAAA